GAGCCCUUUUUGACGAUAGAAGUUGUGCCUCGUAGCUCUUCACUACUAACUUAUGCAUCGCAUUUGAGCAAUAGCGAAGACAAUCCUGCUGUGUUGCGCGCGGGCUCUUCACACAGGAAGAACCGUCACUGCCACAAUCCCUAAACACCGUUCACCAGUACAUAUGAGCGAUAGGACAAAGGAUACACGUCCUGCUAAACGGGCGCGAUUGUUUGAACCAGAUGGCUUCUCGGUGUCCAAGCCACCACAGAAAGUCUUUCCCCGUGUCGAAUUUGUGUCUUCCUUUGAUAUUCCUGCUCCCGAAAAUGCCCAGGAUAAGACCACAUGGAAAGUAGGAUCUGUUCAUCCUCUGAGUUCCUCGACGAAGACUGCGAAACCCUCCACCUCCGGCCAGAAGGCGGACGUGUCGCGUAGGCCUGUAUAUCGCGUCCUGAAACCACCGCCAAGACCUACUCCUGAGCCCCCUCUACCCACAACGACACGGAAUGGCAAAAACUUCACUCCCCUCUCGUCUACACGACCUAUGCUACCUUCAUCAAAAGACUCAGAGCCACCCGCGGGCAAGCCACUCAGCCGUCUCGUUCGUCCUUUACCCAAUCCCGUCUCGUCUAGUUCAAAACCCUCGAAACCUCUCAAACCACUCAGCCUGCUCAAACCUCCUGUGCGUCCCUCCAAUCGCCGUCCCAAACCAGAUCCUUCCACCAUGAAGACAAUUUCUACGACUAACAUUGCCAUUGCUACAAACCCCUUUACGGCACAAGGUUCUCUGAAUUUGUUUGCUCUUUUCGCGAAGGAAAUGGCAGCAGAUUAUAUGACGCCUCGGGAACGCGAAAUGCGCAGAGGAUUGUUACAGAGCCCGGAGAAAGCCACUAGAAACAAGAAGCAGAAGUUCAUUCCUGGUGGACUCGCCGAUAACGCGAGAUUACUUUGUUCUCAAUCCCGAACAGGUCUUUCCCUCUGGGAAAAGGACAUUCGGAGCCAUGCUAAACGAGGCAUAGCACCCGAAGUCCGUUUGCGCAUUCUUUCCCUCAUUUACACCACGCCUCCACAUACCCAAUCACACCAACCCGCUUCUCGUCCUCCCGUAGUCGCUAUCAUUCGUACCAAAGUGGAAGCAUCAAGAGUUCCGAACGUGAUCAAGGGCGGAGAGUUGUUCGUCAUGGUUCGUCUAGACCCGCCGGCGGGUGGUCCGCCUAGGGCUCUGAAGGAAGACUCGCCGUUGUGGAUUUGGAGACCGUGGUUCACAGUUCCGCUUCCUCCUGAGAUCGAAGGGAUGUCUACGGCCAUUGGUGCUCGGAAACUUGUGAUGUGUAAUCGAUUUCAUAUACCGAAGUGAUUGUUCAUACGAAUUUUUGGACUUGUUGUAGCUCUAGCUUUCAUUUUAUAUUCUUGUAGCAUUAUUUCUUUCGCUAGCGUAGGUUCUCUGGAACUCAGAUGUACAGUUUAUCAUAACUUGAAACAAUUAGCUCCGUGGAACGAUCUCUGUGCUCCAUCUUCGUGAAUGACCUAGCAUUGAAAGUCACCGUGAAUGAACGUAUCUACCAUACAAGUACAACAGUGAUGCCUUUGCAUGCACUCGGAGAUGCCAUGAAGAUUUGCACAACAUAAACCAUCUACCUAACAAGAAGAAUGAAAGAAAGACAAAACA